GCCUUCUUAGGCCUGCAUAGUACUGUGGCGUUCAGCGGCGUUGUGGUAAACAUCCCGGGUUAAAAGCUAAGACUGCGCGCAAUCUCCAGAAUGUAAGAACUCGCUGUGAUAAUUGGUGCUUGAGGCCAAUAAGUGACCGAGUCGGGUCCCCACCUCUCCGGCUGGCCCGAGUGAGUGACUCCGGAUCUAUUCGCAGAAGCCCCGGACCGACUGCUCCGGAUUUGGCCAAGCGCAGAAGAACAGCUGCUGCUCUGAAGGUUUUCGUGUUUUCUGGAGCGGGCUAUAGCUGGCCAUGCUGUGCGCUGGGAGGGAUUCGGUGCGCUCCCCAAGUCACUGAGAGCCAUGGCCGAGGACUACUGGGAGCACACAGUGGCUUUGGGACAUUGCUAAGAUUACAAGGGCACGACGGGAUCUCGUCCACGGGGGCGACUGAACAGUGGCUGCCCCUCCACCCUCCUCGUCUCGGCCCCCCCUGCCCCCUCUGAUGGACCGCAUGAGGAAGAUCAAACGGCAGCUGUCCCUGACGCUGCGGGGGGGCAGCAGUGGGGAGAAGAGCCUGAACGAGACCAUCGGCUCGCAGGAUGCAGGAGCACACAGCGACUCUGAGGCCAUGCCAGGUGGGGGUAGUGCCAGUCUGCGUGGGUCAGUGAGAGGAGCGGGCGGCUCCUUCAGCAUGCAUUCACUCCUGCAGUCCUACAGCAGCGCUCUCCGCCGCCCGCGCAGCCUGGGCCGCAGCCUCAGCUCCUAUCUCAACCACACCACACGCCUGGAGAUAGUCCAUGAAGACGUGAAGAUGGGUUCUGAUGGAGAAAGCGACCAGGCUUCGGCCACCUCAUCUGACGAGGUGCACAGUCCGGUCCGGGUGCGGCUCCGGAACAACCCAGGACGCAAAAUUUCCACUGAGGACAUUAAUAAGCGGCUGUCUCUGCCGGCUGAUAUCCGGCUGCCAGACGGCUAUCUGGAGAAGUUCAGUUUGAACAGCCCGCUGUUCGACAAACCGCUGAGCAGGCGGCUCCGCAGGGUCUCUCUGUCGGAGAUCGGGUUUGGGAAGUUGGAGACCUAUGUGAAACUGGAUAAACUAGGCGAGGGCACAUAUGCCACGGUGUAUAAGGGUCGCAGUAAGCUCACUGAUAACCUGGUGGCUCUGAAAGAGAUCCGGCUGGAACACGAGGAAGGAGCUCCCUGCACUGCCAUCAGAGAGGUUUCUCUGCUGAAGGAUCUGAAACAUGCCAACAUUGUGACCCUGCAUGACAUCAUCCACACGCAGAAGUCUCUGACGCUCGUGUUUGAGUAUCUAGACAAAGACCUGAAGCAGUACCUAGAUGACUGUGGGAACUGCAUCCACAUGCACAACGUCAAGCUCUUCCUCUUCCAGCUGUUGCGAGGGCUGAACUACUGUCACAGACGCAAAGUUCUCCAUCGAGACCUCAAACCCCAAAACCUCCUCAUCAAUGACCGCGGGGAGCUCAAACUGGCCGACUUCGGUCUGGCUCGGGCCAAGUCGAUCCCCACCAAGACCUACUCUAAUGAGGUGGUCACACUCUGGUACCGCCCGCCAGAUAUCCUCUUGGGCAGCACAGACUACUCAACCCAGAUUGACAUGUGGGGGGUUGGCUGUAUUUUCUAUGAGAUGGCUACGGGACGGCCGCUGUUUCCAGGAUCUACAGUGGAGGAGGAGCUGCACUUUAUCUUCAAACUGUUAGGCACGCCUACAGAGGAAACUUGGCCUGGAAUAACCUCCAAUGAGGAAUUCAUCUCCUAUAACUAUCCCCGCUACCGUGCUGACUGUCUACACAACCACACUCCCCGGCUGGACAAUGAUGGAGUGGACCUGCUGUCCAAACUGCUGCAGUUUGAAGGAAAGAAGCGCAUUUCUGCAGAUGAAGCAAUGAGACACUCAUAUUUCCAGUGUCUGGGAGAGAGAGUUCUCACACUGCCUGACACUACGUCCAUAUUUGCACUUCAAGACAUUCAGCUGGAGAAGGAGACAGGCAUGAGGACGACCUCUCUAUCUGACUCCGAGCUUUUGCAAAGAUGCCUAAGGUUCCGGCACACCUUAGUCAACAGCAUAUCUCAGCGGCAGAGCCUGCUCUUCUGAUCAGCGCGACGGAUGAGGAGGCUGAAGACGAGUGAAAGAAGUAGAAGAGGAGGAUGAACGGAGAGACGUUUCUGUGUGAUGAUGAUGAUGAUGAUGAAGGGAUCCCUGUUUUUCAUUUCUUUGAGUCAUUACUGUCAUGUGGCAUUGUGUCUUUAGAAAAGGGGGGUCACUAGAUGUUUACAUGGGAAGAUUGAAGAUUUGUUUGUUUAUGUUUGUAUUUAUAUUUGUGUCAAACGAUUAUGCACUCCAUUUGGCCUGUAUGUGUCAGUCAUGCUCUCUCUUCCCACUACGUUGUCAUUAUGUCAGUUUUAACACUAUAAAUGCAGUGAGCACACAUGCCGUUGGUUGCUGACGUGCCGUUUGGUUCAAGUGUGGCUUUAUCGACUUGGACCGGCUUUAAAGGGGAGUUCCACUGAUUUUUCAAAAUGUCUGCAUGAAUUUAAUCAUUUAGAUGUGAACAGUCAUUCAGAGGGCUUUGAUGUGAAAUGGUUUGUUGUAAAGAAAGUUCAGGUUUCUUUAAAGUGGUGGUGAUCGGAGCCAGGGGUCAAGAUCUCUACAGUGGAAAAAAUAGCCAUUUUAUUUACUAAUUUGAAAGAAUGUGGGUUUUUUUUGGGUUUCAUUUUACCUUACAACACCUUAAAAUACCCCUUUGCCAUGAAUUGAUUUUAAAAAUAUAUGUUUUAAGCUAAAACCGUCUUAAAACUAUUGUAAAACAGAGUUUCAUUCAAGAGGCAGUGUAUUGGGUCAUUUUGUUUCAGUGAUGUAGCUUUUAGGGGAAUUAAGCUCUUCAAAUGUUUGCCUCCUAUCUCCACCAAUGUGAACAGUUCUGAUCAGGCAACAUUUUACACCAUAACACUGAAUUACCUUGUUUACAUCAGUUUACUAAUGCAGAAAUUUUGAAAAAUUGGUGGUAUUGCCCUGCAAGGGUCAGAUUUAACAAUAAGUAAAAUUGCAAUAGUUUUCGCUCCUUGCCAUAAAGACCAACGUAUGACGUGGCACAAAAUAAUCGCAGUCCCUGGGUUCAGAUUGAAUGUAGAACAGGAUUGAAAAACUGUUAAAUUUGUUUAUCAGUCUGUCAAGCCAAGUGAAUGAAGGCGCAAGAGCCUUCGUCUUAGUCUUCCUCUAGACCCUGUCUCUGUCUCUUGCUCUCUCUCUCACUCUCUCGCUCUCUCUUUCACCCAGUCCGUCCCUCACAGUCACUCCGCUUCACUUGCCCUGAUCUCCCAGCGUUAUACAACACGGCUAAAACCAACACAACACAGAAAAAAACCAACCUAGGAAAGGAUUUCACCAAAGAUUUCCCACCUAGCAGAGAUUUCCUAUGAAAUCACUUGAGCUUCCACUUCCCGAGGCUUCCCUUUGUCUUACCCACUUUUACCCACCCCUUUAGCAUUUCCUUCAGAGGUGUUUGCUACUCCUUCUCAUUCUUUUCCAAUAAGUAUUCUAAGAAGAACUGUUUAUCUUAUUUAGACUCUCAGAAAGAGGCUAAUUGUAGAUGUGUGGUCCAGGUAGCUCUAGCAGGCUGUGUUGGUGUUAGUGUGGUACCUGCUGUUUUACCUGUAGAGGGCAGUGUCUCCAUUAGGUCUGGCUCUGAGGCUUAAAGAGGGGAAUUUCACAAUUUUUUCUAAAUUUCUCAGUUGUGGAGAUGUAAUCGGAGUUAUUCAGAGUGGUUUGGUCUGAAAUGGGUCAUUUUAAAGAACCAUUGUACUGACUACUGUUCAUUGUAUUUUUACAGUGGUGGUGAUAGGAACCAGACAUCACAAUGUUUACAAUGCAUUUUAAUACAUCAUACAUCAGAA